GUAUAAAACCGUCAAAACUGUUGUGCUUCUAGGGUAACUCCAGGAACAGAGUUGGAAAAUGUGCAUUUGAAAGAGGAUUAAAAUGCAAUUUAUUACCUGACCUCAGCUUUUUUGUCAUACUGGGAAGUUUCUGCUUGUGUUACUGGCCAUCGUGUGGUGCAGAAGAUUUUAAAUUGACUUCGGAUUGACCGGACAGCAAAGUCCAGAAACUCGCAUAACCAGCCACACACGAUGUCCCUGAACUACAGACCCAUCAUUGGUAUUUUAGCCCAAGAAAACUGGGAGGGUGACCCUGACGCGCAGGGAUCUUCUUAUGUCCAAGCAUCAUAUGUGAAACAUCUGGAGUCAGCUGGUGCCAGAGUUGUGCCAAUCCACAUAAAUCAAACAAAGGAGGAAUAUGUAAAACUCUUCAACUCGAUAAACGGUUUGUUGCUGCCUGGUGGGAACGUAGACAUGGAGAAGUCCCAGUGUGCAAGAACGACGAAGAUUUUCUAUGACCUUGCGAUAAAAGCGAAUGAUGCUUCAGAUUAUUUUCCGAUCUGGGGAACCUGUCAGGGUUUUCAGCAGCUCACAAUCCUGACCAGCAACAAGAACCUGCUGACACCGACCAACACCAAAGGCUCCACUUUACCUCUGAUCUUCACUCCAGGAUCACACAACAGCAGGAUGUUCAAAAGGUUUCCAAAAGAUCUCAUUCAGUCUUUAGCAGAAGAAAACAUCACAUCUAAUUUCCAUAUUUUGAGUUUGUCACUACAGAAUUACAACAGCAAUGCCAAACUGAAGCAUUUCUAUAAAGUCUUAACCACCAAUACAGACGGCAAGACGGAGUUCGUUUCUACAAUGGAGGCAUAUCGCUAUCCAUUCUACGGUGUACAGUGGCAUCCAGAGAAAAGUCCAUUUGAGUGGAUUGAGAAAGCCGGUAUGAUUCACACGCCCUCGGCCAUCAAAGCCGCUUUCUACACCGCACACUUCUUCGUCUCUGAAGCAAUGAAAAACCAUCAUCGCUUUCCUUUGCAAACUGAAGAAGAGAAAGCUCUUAUUUACAACUAUCAGCCGGUCUUCAACGGCCUUAACAGCUUCUUCCUGCAGAAUUACUACUUUGAAUAAUAAGCGUCAAUACCCACAGUAUUCAUCAUGACCACAAAGUCAGUGGGUUUUAUUAUGUUUUAAAACAAAUAUAUAUUAAGAGAUGUGACCACUGGGUUUUUAAAGAUUAAUAAUUACGCUUCUAUUUAUUCACAUCAUGUCCUGAUGUUAAAAAAUCUGGAUGAUUUAUAUGUGAAAACAACUGUCUUGACUAAAUGAAUCUGGUAGUGUAUAUACACCUGUAGUAUAUAUAUAUAUAUAUAUAUAUAUAUAUAUAUAUA